AUGGACUAUUGUUGUGGAAGACUGGAAGAGAGUGCCCAAGAAAUGUUUAAACUUUGGAAAAGGCUCAGAAAAAGAUAUAUUGAUUUGACAAGUGAUAAAGAAAGCACUACUGAAGAAAAAGAACAAGAAAACCAAGAGAAACGUGAAGAAAACAGAAAAGACAAAAACAAAGAGGGAAUUAAAGAAAGUGAUCAAGAUAACAAAGAAAAAGAAGGAGAUAGAGGAAGUCACCAAGACGAGAACAAUAAAAUUCAGAAAACAAUCAAGAUAAAAACACAGAAGAAACUGAAGAAAGCAUUGAAGAGACCAUUAAAAAGAACAACGAAGAAAGAAGAAUAG